CAUUCAACGCCCAUUUUGCAUCAUCCCAAAUUCGACAUCUCUCGUGACUGCACAUGUGUUGCCUUGCCUUACCGAAAUCUUUCGCUAAACCAUCACUUGAACUAUCGCUAUCGAAAGUCUCAACGCUGCGAGAAAAGUCGACGUUGAAAUUCAUUCGAAUCAUAUCGUCGGAACCCUUCCGCCAUACCGCGUACCCGAAACAUUGUCCAUAAGUUCGGGUUCUUAAUAUUUCCCUUUUCCCUUUCUCGACGAUCGAAUCCUCUCGAUUGGAUUUCCACCCUAUCGACUUUCUACCGACGCCCGAUACACGAUUACUAGAAUUACCUUCAAAGCGUCUCUGACCCGAUAGCUAUCACGCACGGCCUAUAAAAUUUUUUCACUUUCCUGUCGUCACAGCUGUAUAUUCGGUCAACCGGAAAUCUAUCAAGGCGACCAUUGAACACCCCUUUCCUUCAAUCGACUAUAAGCCCGGCCCCGAGGAGAAUCGUCGCAUUCUCAUACGACACGGUCUUGCUACUCAAUAUCGUUUUCUAUAUUAGCAAUUCCGGAUCCAAGAGACUGACCUCGAAUAUCCAGACUAAUUUAUAGGUGGUCGGUGUUCUUCGACAGGUUACCUGUCAUGAACUUUCCUCUUUCCUAGUAUAAAAAGACCGGUUUAGAAGUCAAGAUGAUUAUGGUUGGGUCCAGAGACUCCGCCACAUUUCACAAUGGGGAUGCCGGUGUUGGCCAUUCCUUCGAGGCUCAUUCUCAGAGCCUUCAUCUCCCAAGAGAACCUUAUCUGCAGAGAGAGAUGCCCAUGGACCGGACUCGAGAACGAGAACGAGAACGGGUUCGGGAUGGAGAUGGAGACGACGAUGAAGACGAGGGCACCGCAACGGUCGAAUUAGCCGCAAUAAUGACUACCACGUCCACUCCCGUCACACCUGGCCCAGCUAGUCCACCUCUCGAACAGCCUAAACCGAAUGAUUUCGUACCCCCAACUCGACCUAGCAGCACUCCGUUCCCCAAUGCCCAACAGGGCCAAACCGAUAUCCGCUGUCUAACCUGUCAACCGGACUGCUUUGGAUCGGAGGAUUGUAUGGUCACGAGUCCGGUUUCGACGCCGGUUAUUGUCGAACAAAACCCGGUCUUGACGUUGGCGCAACUGCCGGCCGAAAUCCACGAAUGUAUUCUUGAUCACAUAUUCGGAUACCGUGUCUCUACGACAUCACCGAGCUCCCUCAACAUCCCGAGCGUGAAUGCUCGGAGUUGGAGUACCGCGUUACGACAUUCCAGGAGGAAGGAAUUGUCUAAUAUGGCUCUCGUCUGUCCCUUAUGGAGGGAUCUAAUCCAACAACGACUCUAUCGCCACAUCAAGCUAAAGGCAACAGUGCAUUGCAGUAACGACGUAAUGGACUUCUUCGUGCGCCAUCCUCACCUCCGAACGUACGUAAAACAUGUCGAGAUCUGGUUUCCGGUCUUCCAACCGAAGUUCCAUUCGACCGUGCCGGGCGACACCUCGCUUGCUCUGCCAACUGUCUCGCCCGAAGGUAUAGCUAGCGCGACCUACGCGCUACCGACCGACAACUCGACUCUAGAAGAAGUAUUUUAUCUUGUGAGUAUGCAGUUUCCGGAGGCACGGGUCAUGACGCUUGAGGGUGGUGAGAGGAAGAAAGCUCCGCGAGUGAAGUUUAGUCUCGCUAGUCCCGCGUGGGCUUCUCGAGACCUGCCCGAGAUCCCUUCGAUUCGGACGCUGGUCGUGAAGGGCCAGUGGAACAUAAUUCGACAGCCGAAGGAUUGGGAGGUGAUCUCGCGCGCACUGCCGAAUUUGGAGGAGUGGCAUGGCACUUACGCUAAACCCAAGUCUAAGAGCUAUCUUAGUAUGGCGGGCACGCUCGAGUGCCUCGAUCCAAAAAUUACUAGUCUCAAUCUCUGCCUUGAGUGUGACUAUCGCAGAGAAAUGACAUGUCCACCUUACUAUCUCAAGGUCUGCGAACAGCUUCAUUGGUGCGAGAAGAUGGCGAGAGCUGCGUGUAAUCUCGAACACCUUUCCUAUACCGGUCGUGUCUGCCACAGCUUCUUCGACGUGCUUGCCAAGUAUUCGAACCCUCGCACUACUCGGCUAAAGACCAUCGAUCUCACGGUCAAGAACUGUUGCCGACAGAAUGCGCAAUGGAAUGAGUCGGGCUCGGGCAUUACCGACAUGCAUUUCAUCGCGGCUUUCGAACAAUUAGUGCUGGGCGGCAUCCGAGCCUUGGACCGCCUGAAGUCCGUGGAGCUACUGCGGAUCCGAUACGUUGAUCUUGACUCACCUGUUCCGCCUCUUAACCCCUAUUUCAUGAUAAGAGACGGCUGGUGUUCUGGAGUAUGGAGCGAUGAGAUCGUGGCGGAGAUUAACCGCGUCCGCCCCGACAUCUGCUUCGAAGAGAUGGUUGAGAGCUUCGGUGAGGUUGGUUAUAACAAGGAAGGUCGGUUGGUUAUUAACCCCGACUUCCCCAAAUCGAGGGUCUUGUCCCUUAAAUUGGCCAACUACGCCAUGCUCUCUGGCGGUAUCGCGAUUGUGUGAACCCCAAUAUAUUAAUCAACCUAUAACUAAACUACUACUACAACAACCACAACCAUAACCACAACUACAACUACAACUACAACUAUGGCACGAAUGGCGGAAGACAUUUCUUCUAUGUUACAUCUCCCAUCGGGGUAUAUCAUGUUCAUUUGCCUUCGGCGCAGGGGAGGUGGCAACUGAUACCUAGAAAGGUUCUUUUGGGCGGAGUUCUCAUGGAAAUUGGAAGCAAACAGGGUUUUGCAAGGCAUGCAUCCCUUGGUGCUAAUAUAGACAGCAUGGAGGGUCAGGAGGAGAGGAAGAACAGGAUUGACUCUCGGGAGGCGAAUAAUACCCACUGCAAUUGUUCUCGUCGAUCGGCGUACUGAUUCUCCUCUGUUACUGUAAUGUCAAACCAUGUGGCCAAGGGUGUACCAUAAAGUCGUAGGAAGAGUAAAUUCAUCGCUUCGAUAUUUGACAUGAUGUGUAGCCUACCGGAAGCAAUAAGUGAAUUGACGCAAGAACUACAUAAGACUUGAGAGCGGGUCCGAUUUCUCAAGAUAAACACAUGAAAUGGGGUUCGCCCUCCCAUCAAUGGAAUAUAUAGAGCCAGCAUUGGGUCACAUAGUGUAAA